UCCACUCAGUCCUUGUGUUGUCAGGUGUUUGUUCAGGAACGAACUAGUUCUACUAUCUGCUAAAAUGGCACCAAAGAAGGACCCUAAGGCUCCCGCCAAGGCCCCCGCAAAGGCCGCAGAACCUGCACCAGCACCCGAGCCAGCACCUGCACCUGCCGCAGCUCCCGCUGUCGACCUGUCCGCCGUGAAGAUUGAAUUCAGCGCAGACCAGAUUGAUGACUACAGGGAGGCCUUCGGUCUGUUCGACAGAGUAGGUGACAACAAGGUGUCUUACAGCCAGAUCGCUGACAUCAUGCGCGCUCUGGGACAGAACCCCACCAACAAAGAGGUCGGCAAACUGCUUGGAAACCCCAGCGCUGAGGACAUGACCAGCAAGAGAGUGGACUUCGAGGGUUUCUUGCCCAUGCUCCAGUCCAUCAUCAACAGCCCAAACAAGGCCCAAUUUGAGGACUACGUUGAGGGUCUGCGCGUCUUUGACAAGGAGGGCAACGGCACAGUGAUGGGCGCUGAGCUUCGUAUCGUUCUGUCAACACUGGGAGAGAAGAUGACUGAGACUGAGAUUGAUUCUCUCAUGGCCGGACAGGAGGAUGAGAACGGCUGUAUCAACUAUGAGGCCUUUGUCAAGCACAUCAUGUCUGUGUAAGGACCCCGUCACUGCAGUGGUGAGCAUCGUAUAUGUGCAGACCCCAUGGUGUCGCGACAUCCACUCACUGUUUCCUGUACCACCUGAGGAAGCAGGGGGAACAAAGGACUAUGAGAUGUCAUUUCCUGAACCCUUAUUUUGUUGUGUUCUACACAUUUUUUUGUUUUCCAACUGGUGCUUUUUUUCCCCCUCCUCCUCCUACUGCGAGAAGUCCCAUCGUCUCUUUGUUGUUGUUUUUUUAAACAUCACUGGUAUUCAGAGCGGACCAGUGAUGGAGGGGAAGGUAGGAUCAUGAUGACCAUCCCUCCCCGGUCAUUUCCUGUCUGGCUGGCUCUCUUUCUGACAGCCAAGUGUCUGAUUUGGCUCAGGACUGGCCAUCAAGAUGUAUCCACUCCUAAACCAAACCCAUCCCUAGGUCUUAACUUAUUGUUUCCUCUGCCAUUUCACAAUAAAUUUUGACAAACUCCCA